CGUAGCAUGAAACGUGCAACGUGGAGGCUGCCACAUGCAACUCGGCAGUGAGUGAGUGACAACAGUCGCAAUGGCUGAAUGAUUGAAUGCCUGAUUGACUGACUGUCGAGUCAAUAGACAACGAAGGCUAACUGAUGAGCGCCUGUAUCGAAUAAGAAACAGAGAACAGCGCAGAACAACUCUAACUAAAUUGGCUAAAGACGAAAGAAAAUUGUAGUAUAAUUUGAAAUUUAAUUUCCAUGAUACGGAUGAUUGAUGGAAUGUGUGCAGUCCACAUCAGUCCACAUUUGCCAGUGCAUCGCUCAUUGAAACUUUUUUCUCGAGCUGCCAGGGAUUUCUGUCAUGUCACUUCCGUUCACUGCAUUUGCCCGAGACAUUUGUCGUCAGCACGAGCGACAGGUUCCACCAAAUGGGCUCCCACUUGCCAUGUGGUGCCGGCUACCUGCUGUGCCCCGGACGACGACGAUGAUAAUGAUGAUGAGACGCCCGAUGCCAGGUGCGCAGAGAGUCCGGUGAUGAGUCUAUUAUCAACCCGGUCAUGUCAGCAUUUAUGGCUGAUGUUUGAAUAAUGGGACAUUGCGUCGACUCGACAGAAGCCCAAACUCUAAAUAGCAAUUAGACCGUAAUUUGAGUUUGCCUCGGCUCUGAUAGCGGAAGUAGUCAUGAUAAUUGUCCAAAUCAACGCGCAUGGGAAACAAUUGUAAGCACAGGAAGCAGCUAAGCAUACAUCGAGUAAAAAAUUGUUCAAAAAUCGACGCUUGCUCAGCCAAUAAGAACAAGCACAACUUCAGUCAAUCCCACGCUAAAG